CAACACUUAUGCGACAAUCUCAUCUUCUCAACAUUUCAUCUCAGCAAAAUGUUAUCGUCAUUGGGCAUGACUCCCCUGACUUUAAAUUUCACCUACAAACCCUACACAUUCAAUUCCACCACCCUUAACAAGCUCUCAACAGGCCCCAAUUUCAGCCAUGCCUCCACAAGAUUCACGAACCCUAAACCUCCCAUGGCAGCCGCCGGAACAAUUGCAUCGGAGGAAUCUCAGAAGCUUGGAGUGGUGGUGAAGCCGAUGGAGAAGACAAGACUGGUGCUGAAGUUCACAUGGAUGGAUAAAAACAUCGGGUUAGCCCUGGACCAAGUGAUUCCUGGUUACGGGACCAUUCCGGUCAGUCCCUAUUACUUUUGGCCAAGAAAGGAUGCCUGGGAAGAACUUAAGGUGAUGCUGGAGAGUAAGCCAUGGAUAUCUCAAAAGCAGGUCAUUAUUCUUCUUAAUCAGGCUACUGAUAUCAUUAACUUGUGGCAGCAGAGCGAGCGGCCAUGAUUUACGGUAGCUUCAAUAUUGUGUGGGUUAUAUUAUAUAGAUAUGAUGUAUAUUUUGUUGAAGAUUGUGAUGUGGUAAACCUAAUACUUUUCACAUUUUGAUAGAGAAAAGGUUUUACAAUUACCACGGUUGUUCUCUAUGAGUUUUCAUCUUUUCAAGACGAUUUGUUACAUCUUUGUUUGACA